CCCUUGAUGAUCUCGAUCUUCUUUUUUUUCCAAGGUGUAUGGGUAGUAGGAAAUAUUGGAAGAGAACAAGGAUCGAUAUGGCUACCACUACUCACUGCAUACAUCAUGUACCCUCUGCUCUACUACAUCGGUGAUGAAUCUACUUGGCUCAAUAUUGUCGCCGUCGUAGUCGCAUUGGUAUUCGACACAUUCUGCAAGGAAUGGAAACUGAAACCCAGGAAGAAGCCUUCAGUCGCACGAUCUCUUGUUGCUUACACAAUUUCUGUGAUCAUUUUCUGGACACUCUUCUCCAGCUACUUUUACUUCAAUGCGACCCUCACUGAUAGUGAGGGAGAGGAAAUCAAAGUCACUGAGGCUGUUAAGCAUUUUUUUACUUCACCGAUAUGGCUUGAUCUGAAGGACACGUUGAAAACUACUUGGGAACAAGCGAAACACCAAGGAUUCUGGGCGACGUGGAGACAGUUAGUAGAUCUUUCUGAUCCUCGCGGAGAAAUCAAUGCUUACAGGGUACUGGAUUUAUCCACAACGGCUUCAGAGAGUGAAAUUACAACGAGAUGGCGAACUCUAUCCAAAGAACAUCAUCCUGAUAAAGUCAAGGGCGACGAGGAGGAGAAACGAUUUGCUCAAGACAAAUUUAUGGAGAUUCAACAGGCGUAUGAGAUAUUAUCGAGAAAGAAAAAUAGAAGACAGCGAAAAAACCGAAGGGCCGGAUGACGAUAUUACUAAAAUCAAAAACUCAUAUUAUACUUAGAUGAUAUUUCAAUAUUAAUGGUGAGGUACUACUUGCAAGAAUA